GCAGCCUAUGUGAUUAUCGUCAACAUCAGUUGAAGAUGUUGUGAGAAUAUGUUGUAAACAAGUAUGAACCAGUGUGUGUACAUUGGGAACUCAACAUUUCCUAAAUGUUGCGGCAAUGAUUGUAGCUGUCUGGAUAUUAAGCAUAUGAGAAUUUGCGACCGGGGCACUCCAACCAGUGCCUGUUGUGGUUAUUUCCUGUAUCUUACGUGUGUAUGCAACGCUUUGGUUAUAUCAUUUGGGACUCCGUUGAAAUAUGAACAUUCCGAUGAUUCGGUUGUGUUGAUUGAGACCCUGUGAUUUUUGCAGUGAAAUUUCACUGACGAAACCGAUUUAUGAGAGUGCCUGCUUGGCAAAAAUGGAAUUUUGGGGCCAAUUGAAAAUACAUGUGUAACUGUUUAUUGAUGCACGGUCCGUUAAAUCUUUAAAAAAAAAAGAAUUGACAAUACAUAAGCAUUGAAAUUUGACCGUUUCAUAAAGGGACCUUAGGUUGUAUCAGCCACUCAAACAUCGAUAAGAAAAGAGAAACUUGUGAGGGAAAGUGUCUUGUUAAAUAUUCCUAGCAUGCAGAAUACACACCGCCGGUACGUCGAUAAUACAAACUGAGUUGGAUAAUUCAAACUGAAGAAACAAAAAAUGUCGGUCGAAACUGAAACUGAAAGGUAGGUCAUAUUAACCAAUGGGCAAUUUAAAGGUUACACGUUGAGGAGAAAACAAUGCUGAUAAAAUUGCUCGGGUGCCGUAGGUCCCUCCGGUCCGCUAGUACGUUGGCUGGGCUUAUAUGCGCCUUGCUAGUCCUCCUUUACACGUUGGAUAAGGCGACAUCCGGCCGAUAUAUCAGGAUUGCAUUUGGAGGUGUUAAAGAGACAGGGUUCUCUCGCCCAGUGGAAGAAUACGUCAGUCAUCUUUUGAAGACUGACCCAAGAACUGCAGAGUUUGUCGAUACGUCUGAAGCCGACGCUCUUUUCGACAAAGUCCGAAUUCUGUGCCUCAUCCUCACGACAGAAGCUAACCUUCAUACACGCGCACGCGCAGUGAACGCCACGUGGGCACGACGUUGCAAUAGCCACUACUUCGUUUUACAGACACGUGACGAAAAAGAUGACGUCAUCAUGACGCCGUACAACGAUACAAGGAACAACCUCAUUUACAAAGUUCGUCACGCGAUGAUCCACGCCUACACGAAUCUUAUGGGCACAUUUGAUUGGGUGUUAAAGGCCGACGACGAUACCUACGUCAUACUGGAGAACCUUCGCUUUUUGUUGAGUAAUUAUGAUAAAGACAAACCCGGUUACCUGGGUUACCAUUUCAACAUGUACGUUGAAAACCACGGGUACAUGAGUGGCGGAGCUGGCUACGUCAUGAGUGUCGCUGCUUUACGGCAAAUGGUCGAUUCUGGAUUAAACAAUGACGCAUGCGCACUGACUAAAACGUAUUUAAUAGCGGAAGUGAGCGAAGACUUUGAGAUCGGGAAGUGUUUAAAAAUAGCCGGUGUUCCGAUUUUAAGUUCUAUGGAUGUUUUGGGGCGGGAGACAUUUCACCCAUAUCCAUUUGAACAAUAUUUGUUGGACUUUCUGCCCGAAUAUUUAUACGACUGGUCGAAUACUCGACCUCAGAGGGGAUACAACUGUUGCAGUCCAUUCUCCAUAAGUUUUCAUUACAUGAAGCCCGAAACCAUGCUUAUGAUGGACCAUUUGCUGUAUCGAAUCCAUAUACACGGCCGUAAUACCGCGGGGAACCCGGCCGGAAAAUCUAUUUUUAGACUGGAACGCGUGGAAAACAUGCGCAAACCGAAGGUUGUAAUUGACAAAAUUGCGUGAGGAAAAUAUCUCUAACUAAUUUGAAUCAGUCGUCAAGAUGUCGAAUGGUGGCCUCGUAGUUUCGAGGUCAUUGGUUCGCAUUUCGGAAUUUCGUCUAGACCACUGAAAUAGUUCUGACACCAACAUAGAAUUCACUCACCUCUCCCCACCCAUAUGCAUAGAGGAAUAUUUGUGCAGGAAAAUAAGCCGAUGUGGCGCGGCUGUAUUCUGCCCCAAGAGUGGACGGGCGACACAGUGAUCAAUAAUCAAGUGAUCAGCGAAAAAAUAUGAACGUCUGCAGAAGAACAUAGCAAAUGUAGCGUUUUAGUAAAUCAUCAUGUAUCCCUCCGCGGUCUAUUUCUAAAGGGAUUGUUUUCCCCACUGGUAUAAAGCAACACUUUAGCAACCGCAGACAUGCCAUUGUGUUGUAAUGUUCUUAUAACUUGUGUGCUUAUGCAUCAUUAUAAUGCAUUUCCUCGGAACUUGAAAUGUGAACUUUGGUGAAGCGUUUACUAUGUUAUGUUUGUUAUGUCCCCCGGAUUGAUAGAUCGGGGGUAUAUUGUUCUUGGCCUGUCUUUCAUUCUUUAUUUCUGUCUUUUCUGUCUGGCAUUCUGUCCCAAAACUGUAACCUUACAGUAAAGUUUUGCAAUAACUUUUGAACAUAGCAACUUGAUAUUUGGCAUGCAUGUGUAUCUUGAAAGGUCAAGGUCAAGGUCAUCCUUCAAGGUCAAAGGUAAACAAAAGCGGCGCAUUAGGGGGCAUUGUGUUUCUGACAAACAUAUCUCUUUUUUUAUAUUGAAACGCUAAUUUUUGAUGGUGUUUGCAUUUAGGCAAGAUAUUUUCUUAGAAAUAACUUAAAAUGUGUUUUCUAUUUCAAUAUUUUGGAAGUGAACAUGUUGAACUUGCACAGUCUUAAAUAAGAGAAAAUCACACAAAAAUACACGAAAAUUUGCCGUUUUAUAAUUGGACGGUAUGGAAAUGUGAUAUACCGGAAUCUCGCCUAUAAUUUCAGCCGUUGCAUUAAGUUGUAGAAGUUAUUACCCCCGAGUGUUGUGAUAGUUUUGUAAAGUUAUCAUUCAGUUCAAAAUAUGUUCUAAACCGAAUGAAGAUGAAUCAUCUGUAAAUGCUUAAAUUGUCUGCAUAACAUACAUCUCACUGAUCAAAACCAUAGAUUAUAUGAUUUAACAUUCAUGAUAUGUAACUAGUUGUGAUUCCAAUAAUAGUAUCUUAAAGCCAAUACUUGGCAAAUGCAGCAAUCAAUUUGGUUAUAUGCUUUGUACAAAUAGUGUGUUUAUUUGUUUCAGUUUUCGUUUACAGAAAACUUAUCAAUUAACUAUAGGUUUGUUUAUUGAUAGAUCAUUGCAUAAUUGUAGAAAAUCUGCUUGUAUAUACGAAAUAAUUGUGAUGCGGUGGUAUUUUUAAUAGCUCACUUGAGCACAGUCAGCUCAUAGUGAGCUUUUGUGAUCGCCUUUUGUCCAGCGUGCGGCGCCAAUAUUUGAAUUGUUUACACUCUAGAGGCCACAUUUAUUGUCCGAUCUAGAUUAAAUUUGAUCAGAAGAUUUGUGACAAUGAUAUAUCAAUGAUAUGAUAUCUUAGACGAGUUCGAAAAAUGUCCCGGUUGGUUGAAAAACACGGCCGCCAAGGGGCGGGGCAUUUGUCCUUACAUGGCUAUAGUUUAACCUUGUUGACACUCUAUAGGCCACAUGUAUGGCCCGAUCAACAUGAAACUUGGUCAAAAGAUUUUUUCCAAUGAUAUCAUGAACGAGUUCGAAAAUGGUUCCGGGUGCCUGAAAAACAUUUCCACCAGGGGGGCGGGCAAUUUUUCCUUAAAUGGCUAUAUAUGGCUAUAUAUAAACCUUGUUAACACCCUAGAGGCAUCAUUUAUUGUCCGAUCAUCAUGAAACUUGGUCAAAAGAUUUGUCCCAAUGAUAUCUUGACUUCGAAAAUAUUUACGGUUGGCCGCCAUGAUGCGGGGAAGUUUUCCUUAUAUGACUAUAUAUGGCUAUAGCAAAGCCUUGUUAACACUCUAAGAGGUUUUUAGCUCACCUGAGCACAACGUGCUAAUUUUGAGCUAUUGAGAUACCGUUAUGUCAGUCGUUCGUCUUAGCGUGCGUUCUUUUAUCCUUUUCCUCUUAAAUCUCUGGGAGGAAUUCGACGAAACUUCACAAUAAUGUGCCUUGCGUGAAUUGAUAUGAAAAUUGUUAAUUUCUCUCCGGUUGGUUGAAUAGUGUGAUCUCGGGGUCCAAAAAGUGGUUUCAAAAUUGAAAACUUAAAAAACAUCUGCUCUUAAACCGCAUAGCCCAUUGUAGUUUUUAAUUAGAAUUUAACAUCGUAUUGUUGUCAUCUACAAGUUUUGUUAUUAUGCGCGUACAGCCCAAACUGGCCUUGCACCGUAUUCACCCGUUUUACAUAGACCUGUUGAGGAAAAACAUGUGCAAAUCUUCUGGUAUGAAAUCUCAAAGAACCACGCUUUCAUAUUUAGUACGCAGGGUCAUCUAGAGACACUCUACAAUAAUUAUUCAAAUUAUGUUCUGGGGUCAAAACUGACCUCGCCCAUUGGGGG